GAAAGCGCAGGCAUCGUGGACGCGGAUGGCAAAGCAGUCGCAGAGAGAAGGAGGGAGGCCUCCAUUUCCCAAAGAAGCGGACAAGAAUCUCGGCUGCCUCCCGUUGUCGUAACCAUGAGGAAAAGUUCCGGCCCGAGCGUGCGCACUUCUGCAGCGUGCUGGAUCGGAACGUAUUGAGGAUGGACCACUACUGUGUCUGGCUUGCCAACUGUGUUGGCUACCGCAACCACAAGUAUUUCUACCUUGCCUUGUUCUACUCUGCAGUUGCUUCUACCAUCGGAAAUGCGGUGCUGGUGCAAGCCUUCCUCCAUCCAUCCUAUCUACCUGUUGUGCACAGGGUGAUCCUCUUGCCAGGCGCAAGUGUUCUGCCCAAUGCUCCAAGGUUGAGUUGUAUCCGUCACUUGGCAACUUCCGUCGCAGAAGCGCCCUUGUAG